GACAGAGGGCUGUGCCUAAACUGUCAGUGUCAGGGUGGAAAGCAUUUCUCGGCACUUUCGCCUCACACAAAGAGAGAGAGAAAAACACACAAACCUUUCGGUUUCAAAAUUUUGUUUGCUUGGACGGAAGGAUCGUGGGAUCGUUGCAGGGUUAAAAUGACAUCCUGCUUCAAUAUCAGUUCCCUUAACCAGCUGUGGCCAGUGGAGCCCAGAUUGUUGACCCAGAGCAUCCUCUUUGUGGUGAUGGAUGGCCGGGGACCGAUGACCGACACAGAGAUCAUCGCCAGCGUGGGCGACCGACAUCAUCGCAGCGAUCCCGACUUCAAGCGACAGGUGCGCGAGCUCCUGCGUGAAAUUGUCUCCUUGGGAUCGCUAAGGCGAAAGCAAAAUCUCUACUUGCUGCCUGGCCAGCGGCUGUCCAAGCAGCAUCGGGCCCAAUAGCCCUCCAAAUAAUGUACAAAAUACUUGCCAAAUAAAUUCCAGCAGAACCUCAA